AUGACAGAUGUUCGUGAAAAACAUGUUCGACUACCUCGAACAAUAGUCCCUAUCAACUACAAGCUUGAUCUUGUUCCUAACUUCACAAGUUUCACGUAUGCCGGUCGUGUUUCUGUGGAGUUGCAGCCCACAAGAGGACGCUUGAACUUGGAAUUUAGGGGAAAAUUUGCCACCGACAUGUUAGGGCUAUAUUAUAGCUCCUACAUCGAGAAGAGUGGCAAGAAGUGCAACAUUCUUGCCACUCAAUUUGAGUCGGUUUUCGCCCGUCGAGCGUUUCCGUGCAUGGAUGAGCCGGAUCGUAAAGCAACUUUUGACAUCAGCAUCGUUGCUCUUGACAACCAAGUUGCCCUCUCAAACAUGCCUGAAGUCUCUCGUGAAAUUGUAACAACACCAGAGGGUUGCAGCGAACCCCCUGAUGGUCGCGGAUACGUCAAAGUCACGUUUGCUCGCACUCCAGUCAUGGCGACUUACAUCGUCGCCAUGGUACUGGGAGAUUUCGAGCACAUCUCUUCCACAGUCAUACCUUACUCCACAAGCAACGCUUGUUCUUCCUCGGUAUCCAAGACAGAGAAAUGCACCAAAGUCCCAAUGAGAGACUUGGAAAUCCGAGUUUUUACACCGUUGGGGAAGCGAAAAUUCGGAGAGCACGCAUUAAAUGUAGCCGAGAAAUCACUGCCCUUUUACGCUGAGCUCUUUGGAUCCCCCUAUCCACUGCCAAAGCUGGAUCUGGUCGCAAUUCCGGACUUUGAUUGCAAUGCGAUGGAAAAUUGGGGCUUGGUGACCUACAGUCCCCUUGGUAAAAUCCUCACAGUUAUCGCCUCGUGUCACACACAUCCACCUCCUCAUGAGUUCGCGUCGUCUCCGGCCAGUCACACACUUGACGCACCUCCCAAUGCCCGACUUGAUUACGGCCGUUAUUCACACAGUGACAAAAAACUUACUCUGGUUGGUACAUCCAAAAUGACAGAUGUUCGUGAAAAACAUGUUCGACUACCUCGAACAAUAGUCCCUAUCAACUACAAGCUUGAUCUUGUUCCUAACUUCACAAGUUUCACGUAUGCCGGUCGUGUUUCUGUGGAGUUGCAGCCCACAAGAGGACGCUUGAACUUGGAAUUUAGGGGAAAAUUUGCCACCGACAUGUUAGGGCUAUAUUAUAGCUCCUACAUCGAGAAGAGUGGCAAGAAGUGCAACAUUCUUGCCACUCAAUUUGAGUCGGUUUUCGCCCGUCGAGCGUUUCCGUGCAUGGAUGAGCCGGAUCGUAAAGCAACUUUUGACAUCAGCAUCGUUGCUCUUGACAACCAAGUUGCCCUCUCAAACAUGCCUGAAGUCUCUCGUGAAAUUGUAACAACACCAGAGGGUUGCAGCGAACCCCCUGAUGGUCGCGGAUACGUCAAAGUCACGUUUGCUCGCACUCCAGUCAUGGCGACUUACAUCGUCGCCAUGGUACUGGGAGAUUUCGAGCACAUCUCUUCCACAGUCAUACCUUACUCCACAAGCAACGCUUGUUCUUCCUCGGUAUCCAAGACAGAGAAAUGCACCAAAGUCCCAAUGAGAGACUUGGAAAUCCGAGUUUUUACACCGUUGGGGAAGCGAAAAUUCGGAGAGCACGCAUUAAAUGUAGCCGAGAAAUCACUGCCCUUUUACGCUGAGCUCUUUGGAUCCCCCUAUCCACUGCCAAAGCUGGAUCUGGUCGCAAUUCCGGACUUUGAUUGCAAUGCGAUGGAAAAUUGGGGCUUGGUGACCUACAGAGAGACGGCGCUGUUGAUCGAUCCAGAAAACUCUUCUUUGUUGUCAAAACAGCAGGUUGCGCUAACAGUGGCACACGAGGUGUCGCACAUGUGGUUUGGCAACCUUGUAACGAUGUCGUGGUGGACGGAUCUGUGGCUUAAUGAGGGCUUUGCAACGUGGGCCAAAUGUCUUGCGGUGGAUCAUUGCUUUCCCGACUACGAUAUUUGGACCCACUUCGUGUCGUCAGAGUACAUCAAGGCUCUGCGAUCGGACGAGCUGAAAAGCAGUCAUCCCAUCGAGGUCGAAGUGAAUAGUGCCCAAGAGGUGGAAGAGAUCUUCGACGCGGUCUCUUACCAAAAAGGCAGCUGUGUCAUUCGAAUGCUCCAUGAUUACAUGGGUCCCUGUUUCUUUCAAGCGGGCUUGAAGGCCUACUUCAAGAAGUUUGAAUAUUCCAACGCUAAAACGGCUGAUUUGUGGACUGCCUUGGAGACCACUGGCGUUUGUAAUGUGACUGAAAUCAUGUCCCUGUGGACAAAACAAACAGGCUAUCCCGUGGUCUCUGUACGUCUCAUUCAUGAGCCGGAUGGAAGAUACAGCAUUGGGCUGAAACAGCAACGAUUUCUGGCUGAUGGCAGCUCCAUGAAGGGCGAACCACCAAGUUACUGGCGCAUCCCAAUUAAUGUCUGUGCUGUGGAUGACUCCAGUAAGCUUCUUCUUCGCAAGGUCAUUGGUAUUGCGUCUUCUACCCCAUCUCCCUCGUCCUCCUACUCCCCCUCAUCGAAAACCGCUGAUUGGGGAGACAAAGCCAACUGCACGGCUAAGAGUGAAGCUGAAUCCCAGGAAAUCAUCUACCCCUUGCCUGAUUCUGUUUGCUCACCCCGAGUUCGUCUUAAACCAGAUGCCAUCGGUUUCUACCGCGUACAUUACGACUCUACCAUGAUGGACGCCAUUCUAGAAGCUAUCAGUCGCGGUACAGUGCCGGAACGUGACCGUAUUAGCCUGUUAGACGAUCAGUUUGCCCUGGCCCGGGCGGGUUUUCAAGACCUGGACAGGGUGCUUCAGUUCUGUCGUGCAUUCGUUGGUGAGACGCGAUACAGUGUGUGGUCAGUACUGUCAGAGGGAUUGGCACAGGUUCGAACUCUCCUUGAGGAGGCGUCCUACCCGGCGGGAGAUGAUGUGAUUUUCCCAGAGGCGUCAAAAGGGAUUUGUGGGCUUAACAAACUGUACAUUGAGUUGGCGUUGCCAGUGUAUGAGAAGAUCGGUGAGUUCGUUUGUGUAUAUUCUAAUAUUGGGUUGAUUUUUUAG